AUUGUUUCAUCGUUAGCAAGAAAGCUAACAAAUCACCGACACUUUCAACGCGAAAUCAAAACACUGCUUUUAAUAGACCUUCAGGCGUAUAAAGUUUAAUGAGAGGAGCACCAAUUUGGGGGGAAAUUCAAGAAGGUGGUGAUUUGACAAUGCAUCAGUGCCCUGUUUGUCCAAAAUCAUUCCCUUCGCCUUAUAAACUUCAGAGACAUUAUGUCAUCCAUACUGGCCAGAAGCCCUUCAUCUGCUCCAUCUGUGGGAAAGCCUUCACGCAGUCGGAUCACUUAAAAACACACUUGCAGAAAGUCCACCCUUCAGGGCUUCUAACAGGACCUACGGAUCAACAGGACGGCAUUUUGACUCAUAACAAACAUCCAAAUUGUGAUAAAGCAGCUGAAAGGAUUAGCAUACAUGGUGGUGGUAAUCACACCUCAACGCCUUUUAAUGUAUCAUCAUCUGUGGCCUCCCAACCAGGGUGGAAAAUGGAAACUGUGACUUACAACCUUUUUCUUCCUUCCUCUGAGACUGAAAAUCCACCAAAAAAUAUGCCGUGUGUAAAUGAUGACUCAGCGUCUCAGAACCGUUUCUUAAAUGUAAUGGAUGCGAUACCUCAGGAGCAAGCCGAUUCUGCAGAUGAAGACACAUCUGUAUGCAAUAUCAACAAUGGAUAUACCUGCAAAGUCUGCUCCAAGUCCUUUACUUCAUCUCUUCAGCUUUGGAUUCACUCACCAACUCAUAACAAAUCAAAGCAAUCAGGCCAGACUUUUUCUAAACACGCCUAUGCGAACAGCCACCUACAAUCACAAGAAAUGAGCUCCAAAGAAAGCAAAACGGCUCUGAAACACCAGUGUCCUAAAUGUCUCAAAACCUUCUGCUCACCAUCCAAAUUACAACGGCAUUUUCUUAUUCAUACAGGCCAGAAACCAUACUCAUGUACCAUCUGCAGGAAAACCUUCAGACAGAAAGUACACUUGAAAUAUCAUUUAAGUAAUCCAAAUAAAUGUUCACUUUCUGCCAGCACUGAAAAGACAAAACAGAAGUUUUGCGACAGCGGAAACUCAGAUAUGAAGCCUCAGUCAUCACUUCAGCGACCCACCAGCCAGCACACUCUUGUGAAUUCCUCAGUGGAACUGGAGCUACAGUGUAAAAUACGUGUAAAUGGUGUGCAGGAGCUGAAUAAGACUGAAAUCAAGUUGGAUGCAGGCAUAAAACAAGAGCAACCGUUUAAUACGACCAGUCAGUGUUGGAGUCUUUGUCAGAAGUCGGAUGAGCAAGAGCAGCAAUACGCGAAACCAUUCCGGUGUACGAUCUGCAACAGAUCAUUUCGGCAGGAAGUUAAUUUAAUACGUCAUCAUAAAAUCCAUCGUAAGCAAAAAGAAGUGGGAAGUCCUACAACUGCGCAAAACAGCAAUAAUUUGAGAAUGUGUUAUUCUGACGCAAUAAAACAUUCACCUGAAGCCAGUCGUGCAGAUCAACUUGACUUAAACAUCAUUGUUAAACCAGAAUCGUGGAGUGGAAACAGCAGUGACCACAGUGGCUCUUUUCCGCAGGAGUUAAUUCCAUCAGCAGAGCAGCAGAGAGGAACCCUCCAGACCACCAGCGAGCAGCAGAGAAUCAGUUCUUUAAAUCAGUGUCAUGCUUGUUUAAAAUGUUUUCCAUCUAUAUCGAAACUUAAGAGGCAUGUGAUGACUCACACCGGACAAAGGCCCUUUGGCUGUGAGAUCUGUGGAAAGAGAUUUCGUCAGAAAACACACUUGAGGGUCCACUGUCGCACUCACCUGUGGUCGAGAUAUCACAAACAACGAUCACUGUAUAUAAAUCGGCCGCCUUCUUCCAUGAAUGGGUUGAACGCAAGGACUGCAGCAGAGAUCCCGCUCCAGGAAAUGUUUGUUCAUAAGAAGGACUUUGAGACACACAGUGGAAGCAAUGUGGUCUCUGUGAAACCCCCGAAUCAGACCCCUUCUGUUGUAAUUAUUCAGAACGGCAACAGAGAAUCAGAGAGGUUGAUGCCACAUAUCUCAAAGAAAAAUGAGGUUGUGCGAAAGGUUCCUAAAGUGACUGUGAAGAGGACACAUAUUGCUAAAGCAAAACAAAAUCCAGGCAAUGCACAACACAAGUGCUUCCAAUGUUUGAAGUGUUUCCCAAGUGCCUCCAAAUUACAGAGGCAUGAAAUGGUACACACGGGCUUGAAACCAUUUCAGUGUGUUUUGUGUGGGAAAGCAUUCAGGCAAGCUCCACAUCUGAAAACCCAUGAAAGAACUCACUGUGAGAGGAAAGAGCCGGUCGAUCAACGGGGAAACAACAAAAAAGUGAAAGUGCAAAGUCAACAGCAGCUUUACCCAAGGAUCAGUGUUCGUAUCCCACAACAGAAAAAAUCUGUGAUCGCAGACAGUACGCUUUCAAAUUCUGAUUGUGCUGACGGUAAUGGAGUGAGUGCACAGGUCCACAGCAGGCAUGAAACACCCAACACAAAAGUGAACAGUCUCUUCAAGACAAACUUCAAAAGUAAUAUAACUUUUAAGAAAAGAAAACUUCACACGUGCCGAAUAUGCUUUAAGAACUUUGCUGCUCCAUAUAAGCUCUCAAGGCACAUGGUCACUCACUCAGGCAUAAGGCCAUACAAAUGCACUGUCUGCAGCAGAACCUACACACAGCGUGGUCAUCUAAAAGAUCACGAGCUCAAAUGCAGACAGGGUAACAGGACCUCUGACGGAAUUCAAGGAGAAAUGAUGAAAACCAACCAACUCCGGGAUAAAUGCCUCAAAAACAUUUUAGAUUUUAAUGUAGAUGCUGCAAGAGAGCAGCCAGAGACACAUCACACAAGUGUUGGUCGGUACUCACUUGCUGAUGGAGAUUUGUCUUUUUGCUCUGAGGCAGCACGCGCUGAAUGGUUGGAUGCUCCAGAAGCAGAGAAGACUGAAUUAGAGAAAAUGCAGAGGGACAAUUGUAAUCAGGCCACAGACAAUUACAGUUACUCAUUUCCCUCUGAACUUGCAUUUGAAAUAAAUAAACUUCAAAAACAAAACAUGGCAGCUUCCCAUUUGUCACACCAGUUUGAGGGAAGUGCACAUAAUGUAGCGUUAACACGUGAGCCUAAAGGAGUUAUGGCUAUUUCAGAUAACAACCAGCUGCCCAGUGAUGACUUUUUGACCUCUGUGGUUGAGAAUCAAAUGCAGCCGGAUAAUUCCUGGUGUGAGCCAUUAACUUUGUUUGAAUGUGACAAGUGUGCUGAAAGUUUUAACAGUGAAAAUGACCUUAAGCGGCAUAUUUGUUCAUCUAACACUCAGCCUAAAAUGACAGCUCAGAAGAAUUGUUGUAACAUUUGCUCCAAACAUUUUGUGACUCCCUCUAAACUGAAAAGGCAUUUUCUUAUCCAUACUGGUCAGAGGCCGUUUAGGUGUGACAUCUGUGGCAAAACGUUCACACAGUCGGCACAUGUCAGAACACACCGACUGAUUCACUGAUAAUAAACAUGUUACUGUGUACUGCUUGUUUUGUGUGUGAAAUUUUUUAGAUCUGUUGAUCAUCAUGAUUUGUCACUAAUAUGAUGGUUAUGUCUAAUGUAUGUAUGUAAAAUAUGUAAAAGGGUUAGGGGAUCUUUAAAAAUAUGGACGUAUGUAAUAUAUUUUUAUAUUGUAAGUAUUUUACAAAUUAAACGUGUUUCA